AUGGUCAAAGCCACGAAGACACUGAUGAUGUGCAAUCGGCUUGAUGGUAAAUCCUGGGGGUAUAAACCAAGGAUUAUCAGAUGGUUGUACAUCAUGAUAGGUGCUAAGUCGACGGCUAGCUCGAUAGCAAGAGCAAAACCGACCACAAGUAAUCCCGCAAAAACCGUAAGUGGAGCUGCUAAAGUAAACACUCAACUUAAAAAAACAACAAGCUCUACAACAACUGCCAUUAAGCGAGCAGACGAGGAAAAGCUGAAACUUAAAAGCACCACACAAACCCGACGAACAGAGCCUACCACUCUCAGUAAGAGCCGAACACCGCGCGAUGUUGUGAAACCAACAAAAAACUCUGUUAUAAAGAAAACCACACCCACCAACCGUGUAGUCAGUACAUCCAAAGCACCGAUUCAAAAUAUAAAACCCACGGCGCAGAAAAAUGUGGCAGCAACAACAAGGAAGACUGGCGUUAUUGAACUGCCUAUGCGCGCUAAACAAAAUCGCGAUAUCGCAGAUGCCGUUAAGAAGAAACCUUCAACCGCAAUCAAGCCAAAUGCCGUUUUAGAUACGUAUCACAGCGUCACAGUUGUCUCCCCACCCCCACGACGUAAAGAAAUUACAACAGAACGCAGCGACGAUAACAUUAUACCUACCAGAGCUAUUAAAGACAAAGUUGUGGAACCGGCUGAUCUAGACGCUGUCGCGAUUCAGGUAAAUGCUGAUGAACCACCAAAGCGUGUGCGCACACAUUCCUUGAAAGAGGAAGAUAUCAUCAUAUUACGUAGCGACUCGGCGAAACGUAGAAGUGAACAACAAAUACUAGCAGAGGUGGCAAUUGCCACCCAAUAUGAGACGAACUACCUAAAAUUGGAGACAGAUGAAGUGAUCGAACACAAGACGGUUGUCAAAGAACCUGUAGCAUUUGAAGUGGCCUUCGAUGAACCAUUGAGCAGUAAAGCCAAAUAUAAGUCUCGAGAAUCAUCAGUAACGCGAAAUAAAGCAGAACAUGCACAUAAAGCAAAACCCAGUGACUCUAUAAAGGAACCGGAAACGGAUAAUUACUCCGACGACUUUGAAACUUAUGAAUCGGACUUUGAGACUGGCUCGUCGUCACAAAAUGGUUCGUCGGGGGAAACUGAAAGCGAUUCAACACCACAUAGCAUUUGCAGCGAAGAUGAAGAUAAUAGCAAAAACAGCGCUUCCUCGACUACGCAGGAAGAAACAAGUAAAAGCAGUGAUGAAAUGCCCGUUAAUGAUACCGAUUGCGAGGAAGAAACUGAAUUAACGCAGUAUCCGAUAACAGUGAUUCAACGCGAUAGGGAACUUGAACGAAAACUGGACUCUGGAAAUUAUGAAAUGAAUUCGCGUAGGCAUCCAAAGCUUUCUGAGCUGGCGACACAAAUUAAUGAGCGGCAUUUCGACAGCAUGGACACCACUUACAGUGUCACUUCAACAGAUCAGCUUGAUUCGGGUAUCAGCAGUUACGCUAACAUGAGCAACACACAAGCGGAGGUCGACAAAUUCGGCGGAAUUGUAUGCACCUACGGCGGUUAUGCAGAUUUUAAUACACGUCCCAUACUGCGCAAGCGCGGCAUCGAGCUAAUGAACAAAAUUCAAUUUGACACUUUAACAUUUUCGCUGUUCGAACUCAAGCCCAUCAGCUAUGAGGUUUACAUGCAAACUUAUGGUACGCUAAAUACCACACAGUGCUCGACACAAACCAACGAAAACCGCAUGUCGAGCGAGAGUCAAACGGACAGCUAUGACGUGCGCACCAUGUGGACACAGCAUCCACCACAAUAUGAUCUGCAGACGGUGCAGAAAUUCGCCACCGGUAUGCAUGGCCUGAUGGCAAUACAAAACUGUUGUGGCGAAUCGCCGUUGGACGAAGCGUACACGUUACAUAACUCAAGCGCUGACGAAUACGAUAUUAGUUUGCAAAAGUUAACGGUAUUGCGACAAAAUAACAGUAAAGAUGUGGUUAGCGCACAGCUAAGCAGUCUACAUAAACCGUUAGAUUUUGAAAAAUUAAACGCUUUUCUGCUGCGCUCAUCAUUACUCAUCUCAAAGGUGCUGUGCUCGACGCACGACAACACACCAGAGGAUCGUCUAAUGAAAUUGGCGCAGAACCAGAAGAGUUUUCAAGAAAUUAGCGCCGGUUAUGUGCAACUCGAAACGAAUUUUUUGAACGCUUUAAGCGUAGUGCAUGUAUUUGCAAGUGGCCGGCAUGAUCUCAUCAUAACGGUGCAUGCGAGUCCGCCCGCUGCCGAUGUCUAUCGCUGUGAUUUUUCCCAACUGCUAAUGGUCUGGUCCACCAGUGAUUGCACAAAUCCGUUUCGCUUGCUCUCCACAUGGAGCGAGGUUUGUCGCGUCGAGAUCUGUUACGAUAAUGCGGAUAUUGUUGUGUGUGGCCUACAUGAUGGCAGCAUUGCUAUGUGGGAUCUGCGCGAAACAUACACCUUCUGUUCGAAAUUAGAUGGAUAUCUCACACACUUCGCGGCAACACAAUCGGUAGUGCCCAAUUGGACAGCGAGUACGGAACAGUCUCAUAGACUCAGCGAUCUUGGCGCUGUAGUAGAUGUGCGUAGUUUUCGUACGCCACAGCGAGUAAUGGCGCUGGGCAGCUACAAAUCAAUACAGUUUGCGGCGCUCAAUGACACCGGCCUCUUAUCGGUUUGGACGCUGGUGGAAACGAGCGCCAAGCAUUACGAGUUUUCUACGUCGAAAGCAGCGGAUACACAUCGUAGUCGUAAGCGAGGCUCAGCAGCUAUGUUAAACUCUCGUUAUGAGUAUAGUUCACCUUGGGCUCGCGUGAAAUUAAUACAGAGUGUAAUUUGCGAUUUACGAGACUACCUAGAACGUGGUCUACUCCGCACGCAAACCCAGUUCGAGAUGACCAAGCAACUGUUCCAAAAGGAAAUAUACAGUGACGAGAUCUUGCGUGAGCUGCACGGCACAAAAUCGGCGCAACAACAGCGGCAACAACUGCAGGGUUUGCGCUUCACCGGCAUCGACACCGGUUGUGAGCGCAUCUACGUAUGUACAAAUCGCAAUUUCGUACUGAGCUGUUCAAAGAGUCUAAAGUCAGAACGUUUUCGUAAAAUAAACAUAAGCGAAAGCGGACUGCUUUUCGCAACCGCUUUACAAGUGUUGACAAACGAAAACUUUCUGGCCGUUGGUCUGUCAAAUGGUUCAGUGAUGAUUGUCAAUUGCAAUCAGCAGAAAUUGUCAACGCAACGCGAUAGUGAGACGAAACGCUUGGAUACUGCGAGUUCAUAUGCCGUUAAUCGUCUAAAAGAUGUCUACACACCUCAAAUGUCUGAUAUCGAUCCGAUCACUGGUAAAUCAUGCGCCAUACAAAAUAUCAUACUCAACGAAAGGCGUCUGCUGGGUAAGGCUGACAGCACGUACGAAACGCCUUACGAGACGCGUCCAUCUACGGCUGCCUGCAUAGCGUUGAUAAGCAAUCAGAAGCGUCCGUUUGAGUUACGUGUCUACGAUCAGCAAAUAAUAUUGAGCGGUUCGGCGCUGCGUAAGGAUUUGGUGCAGUCGCUGCAAUUGUCUAGCGAUGGUUGGCGACUUUUUGCGCUGACAAAUGGUCAUGUGCGCACAUAUGACUUUUACUUGGACCGCGAGUUGGGAACUCAAGCACUGGAUGGAAGUGGUUCUGAAAAACGUGUGGUGGAUAUAGCGGUGGCCAAAAGUUCACAAAAUUCAAAUAAUCUGAUUGUAUUGGACGAGGAGAAUUACGUAGAAGUGCACUUAUUAAAGCAUUAGGCAAAUACAUAGUACAUGUAAAUAAAUCAAGAAAGUUUUAGAAUGUCAUUAAAAUACUUUCAA